CACUGAGGGGAGCCCUUUAUCAAGAAGACCCUGUGUUUCUCCAUCUUCUUGGGGUGGGCAAGGUCACUGCCUCAGGCCAUGUGAGGUUCCCUGACCCUCGUUAUCGAAGUGCCUUCCGGUCGUUGUCAAGAAGUCUUUGGCCCAGGUGCCUCUGAUCUCCUAAGCUCUGGGGCACCACAACUGCAGGCUCCCCAUGCACCAGGGAAUAGACAGAUGGACAGAGGAUCACUGCACAAAUGGUGGGAGGUGCAGAGGUCUACAGAGAAGGUGACAUAAUGGAGACUCUAGGAGGGACCAACCCGAUUCUUCAUAGUACUGUUUGAAACAACUAGAAGAAACCCACAGCAGUGAGUUCCUCAGGAGUGGGGAGUUCCUCAGGAAUGGUGGGGCUCCUCUGCCUCUGGGCUGUGAAUCCCACCUGUUUGGGGUGUGAUAUGCCACCAAAACCCUGUUGGGCUUCCACUGGCAGAGCAGCACUGUCCCAGAACUGCCUUUUUCCUACAAAGGAAGGCUUGGGGUGUUCACCUGGGUGUGAGCCCAGGACUGGAAUAGGUGUAGGAGAGAAGAGAGAAAGACAGGACACAGAUGACAUAGGAAUGAAUAUCCCAGGCUUUAGAGUUUGUCCCUGGGUUGACAGAGGUUUGUGUCUCAGGAUCUGAUUGGGUCCAUGAAGCCUGCCUUUCAAGUCACUCUUCUAUAGGGAAUGACCCUGAUGUUCCUGGGCAGUGACCAGUGGCCCCUCCCGCCACUGCUCCUGUGGUGGUUUCUCUGCCUCCCUAGGCUGGGGAACUCCUACUGGAACUACAGGAGCUUAAUAAGGAGGCAAAGACAGAUCCAUCGAUUGACAGUCUGAUGGAGUAACCAGAAGGCCUUCAAUGGAGGCCAGUCUUCACUGGCAAAGACUCCUUCUGGGCAGUCGCACCAGCUCCGGGUUUGCUGUGUGCUCUCUCCUGAGGCCCAGGUCUCCGGACGCUUCUCCAUGUGUUUUGACUUCCUCAGGGCCUCUGAGCUUGGUGGGACAGCCUUGGGUCCAGCCAGAGAGCCGGCUGGAGUCUACUCACCUGCGCUUGCCUCCCCAUCGCAUCCCCACUAUUCCCAAUUGCAGUCGCUCUGCCCGGCCAGGUCCUUCCAUGCCUCGAGUUCCCCCAGCCCCCUGCGCCGCACUAAUAACUUCCAGCCGGCAGGACCUCUUUAAUAGCAUUCUGCAGGAGUGGGGCCGGGACGACAGAGUCAGGUCAAGAGACUGAGGUCCUUCCUAGGUGGGAUCGGGGAUACUAGCACAGUCUGCUCUGAUCUCCCUCCUCGGAAUUUUGCAAAUCCCCAGCCGUUGGGGCCAGGGAAAGCAAUUUUAUUGCCGAUGAAUUUAUGAGCCGGAGCGGCGGUUAGGCGGGGCGUCCAUGGCACACAGAACCUGGGGGCCGCCCACGAAGGGUCCAGCCCGAGUGUGUACGAGGCCGCGCCUGGCAGCGCGGAGCAGCACCGAGGCUGGGUCUGGUGAGUUGUUCCGCAGACUUCUCUCCGCGCCUCCUCAUCCUAUGGAAAUACCGCUCCCGAGACAUCUACCAGCUCCAGAAAUACCGAGGCCCCGAGGUGGGGGGGGUGGGGGUUCAGGAGGAGGGGCACACGGGGCUCGGGCCCAGCGUGGGGGCGGGUCCGAGGCGGGGGGCCCAGAACAGGAGCCGCACACUGGGGCCCAGGCGGCUGCGGAGCGGAGCGCAGCGGGCGACUGGACUACCACAGCCCGGCUGGCCAUGAGCUCGGGAUCCGAGCCCCGGACACCCCCGACACCCUUCAGCAUCGCAGACAUCCUAGGCCCGCGCGUGGUUCCCCGAGGACCCUCUGCGUCACAGCUUCCAGAGUCGAGCCCGGGUCCCACGUCGCCGCUGUGCGCGCUGGAGGAGCUGACUAGUAAAACUUUCCGCGGACUUGACGGACACGCUCCGCAGCCCUCUGCAGGCCGCGCCGCCCCGGGCGCUCUGAGCCUCGGCCCCGCCGGCCGCCGAAGGCGAAAGUCACGCACGGCGUUCACGGCGCAGCAGGUGCUGGAGCUGGAGCGGCGCUUCGUCUGCCAGAAGUACCUGGCGCCGUCGGAGCGCGACGGGCUGGCAGCGAGGCUGGGCUUGGCCAACGCGCAGGUCGUCACGUGGUUCCAGAACCGGCGCGCCAAGCUCAAGCGCGACGUGGAGGAGAUGCGCGCCGACGUGGCCUCGCUGCACGCGCUGUCCCCCGAAAUCCAGUGCCGCCUCGCGCUACCCCACGGCGCCCCAGGCCUCGGCCGGCCGGACUCCGGGCCGCACCUGUCAGACGAGGAGAUACAGGUGGACGAUUGAAGGCAAAGCCGCUUCCAGGGCUCGGGCCGUGGAUUUCUCGCCUCGGCGCUCCUGUCCGGUUACCCCGUGGAGGGAGCGCGUCGAUCUGGGCCUCUUGGGCUCACAGACCAGACGCCUGCCUUUCCCAAUUGUUGAGAAUAGAGUCGAGACUCCGCCACACCAGGCCUCGGUUCUGGCGCCCGGAGCAACAGGAGCAAAAUCUGAUUACUGCGCAGAUUCCGCGCUCGGCGCUGUGCCGAGCCUUUAAACGCGAUGUGUCCUUUAAUCCUCAUAGCAACUCCGUCAGGUAGGUGAUAUAAUUGUGCCCGUUUUACAAAGGAAGAACCCCUAGGUCAGGAUUUGGACCUAGGCAUCCAGCUAGGCUUCAGAGCCGGUGCUUGUCAGCCCCCUGCUCUGGAGACUCCCGGCUGAGGGGAAGCGGAUGGGACUCUAGCUGCGGCCACCCCUCCGCUACUGGCUGCCUUUGGUCGCAGGACUGUACCGGGCCUUUGAUCCGCCGCCGCCUCGGAGACCUUGCUUCUAACCUCUAGGCCGGCUCCAGAGGGACCACGUCGUGCCCGACUCUUUCUUCUUUCCCCACCCUGAGAUCAUUUGUUAAUGGGGUCCUGACCCUUCUCCCCACUUCCGCCGCCGAAGGAACCCUACGCUGAGACAGGCGCGCAGGGAGAGGGGACAAACCUCUACUUCUGGGACCUCCGCCCUGCACUUGGGCGGGGAAGGUUCCCACCAGGAUGGUAGCGGUGGCGGGACAGUUGGGGAGGCUGGCGGGCCUGCUGAGGCAGAGCUUGGAGUAGAGGCCUCGGGGUGGAGACCCCAGUCCACCCCUCCUCCCCCAACCCCGUGGACAUUUCUGAGAUUAAUUUAUUCCGCUGGUGAUUAAUCACCCUCCUGCAGUGUGGUGGGGACGGAAGGGGAGCACUCAGUAGCUACAGGCUGUCCCCAAGCCCAGCCACCCCACCCAUCUUCAGGAGACCAGGCUUAGGCGCCUUUCCUGCUUCCCCUUGCUCUCUCUCAGUCCUUCCUCCCUCCUCAGAUCUUCCCAUGCUUCUGCCCAGAAGCCACAACGAUGAUCUGGGAAUAAUCCAUCCAGGGUUCAAGGAGGGUCAGCUGGGACCUCAGAUGCAGGUGGAAGUCCCAGGAGAGGAUAUUUCAGGGAGGGUGAACAAGGCUGGAAGGCAGAGGGGAACCUGGCAUUUUCAGACAGCAGCUACCACUUACUGAACACAGUUCUAAGUGCUUUGCAUGGAUUAAUCUUCACAAUAACCCCAUGAGAUAAGAGAGUUUAACUUUAAGGAUAAGGAGACUGAAUCACAGAAGCCCAAGGAAACUUGGUCAAGUCAUGAAGCUUGUAAGUGGUGGGGCUGGGAGUAACCUGCUUGCUUGUCAGACUCAGGAGCUCAUGCUUCUGGCCAUUACAGGUUCUGUCCCUAUAACUGUGACUGGGCCUAAUUGAAAGAAGAAAAGGGUUUACAGAGAGAAGAGAGGACACGGAACCAAAGGUAGGAAUUUAGGCAUUGUACUGUAGACAGAGCCUGGUCCUUGGAGGAUUUUGAGGAGAGGCAUGAGAGCAAUGUUUAGGGCAGGCUAAUCUGGCUGCAUGUGCAGGGUGGACCAGAGACUGGCAGGGACCUUAGGAAGGUGUAUCUCUGGCUACUGCAGAAGGUAAGAGCUGAGAGAAUUAAGGGCCAGAUGUGGAGGGGGAGGGAGGUUGUUCCAACAGAGGAAUAUUCCCCCAGUGACCGAAGAUUGCAUGAGUCAAUGAUGACCUCACAAACCUAGGCAACUGGAAUACAAGUGGCAUCUUGCAUAGAAACACACAAUGUCUAUUAGUGUAGAGCUAAGAAUCUGUCAGCCAUUAUGUACAAAAAGUAUUCCUUGCCCCUGUGUUGCCUCUUCGGCACACAUAUCUCCCCUGGCGCCUGUUCAAGGUCCUUUCCCUGUUCCCUUGAUCCCUCUGUAAAGGCUGCCUCUCUGGAACCUUUAGAUUAGGGUGAGCAACUCAUUCCUGUUUGCCUAGGACCUUCCCAAUUUUUGCACUGAAAGUCCCACACCCCAGGAAACCCCUCAGUCCCAGGAAAAACCAAGAUGCUUCCAGCUCUGGGGACUCAGAACUCAGGCUGCUGCGUCAGAACCCUACCAGUUAGCAGUGUGAACGUGGGGCAAAAUGGGAGCAAGGUGUCAGGAGUCCUUUGGCUGUUGGAGAAAAUUCAAGUCCAGGAUAGGCUAAGAGGUACUGAGGAAGGGACAUUUCUUUGAGAGGCUGGAAGGGCAAGGAGCCAGCUCAGCCUGAAAGCAGAGACACCACACAAUAGUGGUGGGUAGCCAGGAGCCCUAGUGGAAUCCCCAAAGCAGAGAAGUAAUCCCCUAGCCCAGAACAAGAAGGCCAGAUGGACUGGCCUCUUAUGGAGUCACUGAUGUAAUCAUCCCCUAAACAAACACAACCACCUCUCCUCAACCCCACUCCCCAACCAGGCAGAAGCAAAGAACUCCUGGGGCCAAUAAUUCUAGUUAGGAAGGUAGGGUCCGGGGGAGUUAACUGACUCUGAGCCAUAACCCUCUUCCACUUGAGGCUUCCUAAAUUCUAGCCCAGUGCUGCCACCUCUUGUAAUCAAGCCUCAGAUAAACCAAACUCAAAUCGGUAUCACCAAAAUGGCCUCUGGAUGGGUGUCUCCUCCUCUAGGUCCUAGAGCGCCGCUUCUCACUGUUAGGGCACUCAGGAUCACCUG